AUGCCAAUGUGCCGCCGCCGCCGCCCUCGCCGCCACUGUGUCCACCUCCCGCUCUGCUCGACAGCUCCGCGCACCGAGGGACGUGGAGGCAGGAGCCCCCCAGCGACCCCUGGCUCCUGCGCGCCCUCCGCACCCCACCCCACCGCUCGUUCCUGCUCCGCCUGGCUCAUCAGCAGCAGCUGCGGAGGAGGAGGAGGAGGAGUAGGAGGAGGAGUAGGAGGAGGAGGCGCCCCCCCGGCAUGUAUCAGAGCCCAGGGGGGGGGACGCCCUGCUCAGGGACGCCCCGGCCUGCGCCUCACGCUUGCGCCCAGCCCGUGCCUCAUGCUCGCGGCGCUCCGGCCCCCGCCCACGUCCCCGCGACUGCAGGCGGUGGCCUCGGGUGCGGCGAGGUCGCGUCGAACAGGGAGUUCCAUGGGCAAUGGCACGGGUAGACUCUACAGUGCUCUCACCAAGACCCUCAACAGCAGUGCAGCCGUCCAGCACCCCAAGUAUCUGGUGUCCGCUGUCCCCGAUCAUCUGGAGCCCAUCGAUCCUAAGGAACUUCUGGAGGAGUGCAGUGCAGUUCUGCACACUCGGCUACCCCGCCACCAGAGGGACUUCGUGGACCUGAGGACAGACUGUCCUAGUAGCCACCCUCCCAUCAGAGUUAUGCAGUGGAACAUCCUUGCCCAAGCUCUUGGAGAAGGCAAAGACAACUUCGUACAGUGCCCUGUUGAAGCACUCAAGUGGGAAGAAAGGAAAUGCCUUAUCCUGGAGGAAAUCUUGGCUUACCAACCAGACAUCUUGUGCCUCCAAGAAGUAGACCACUAUUUUGACACCUUCCAAUCACUCCUCAGCAGACUGGGCUACCAAGGCACAUUUUUCCCCAAGCCCUGGUCACCAUGUCUCGAUGUGGAACACAACAAUGGACCAGACGGCUGUGCUUUAUUUUUCCUCCAAAACCGUUUCAAGCUCAUCAACAGCACCAAUAUCAGGCUGACAGCCAUGACCCUGAAGACCAACCAGGUGGCCAUUGCGCAGACGCUGGAGUGUAAGGAGUCCGGCAGACAGUUCUGCAUUGCAGUCACCUACUUAAAAGCACGCACUGGCUGGGAGCGCUUCCGGUCAGCUCAGGGCUGCGACCUUUUCCAGAACCUGCAGAACAUCACCCAGGGAGCCAAUCCCCUGAUUGUCUGUGGGGAUUUCAACGCAGAGCCCACGGAGGUCUACAAACACUUCGCUUCCUCCAGCCUCAAUCUGAACAGCGCCUACAAGCUGCUGAGUCCUGAUGGACAGUCGGAGCCUCCACACACGACCUGGAAGAUCCGGACCUCGGGGGAGUGUCGCCACACCCUGGACUACAUCUGGUACUCCAAACAUGCUCUGAAUGUCACAUCUGCUCUGGAUCUACUCACUGAAGAACAGAUUGGACCCAACCGGCUCCCAUCCUUUCAUUAUCCUUCAGACCACCUGUCACUAGUGUGUGACUUCAGCUUCAGUGAGGGGCCUGAUGAACUUUUGUGAGCACUGUAUCAUUUUAAUCAUAAGAGUCUAAACCAGGGAUGUUUGGGAAACUGAAAUAUGACAAGAAGUUGCCUGAAAAAGGACACUAGUUUCUGCCACUGGACUCUCCAUCGUUUCCAGCAUGCCCUUGGAAAAGAAUUUGUUCACAAACCUUUCCAAAUUCAGACCUGCAGCAAAAAGGUGUUUGCACUCCAGUUUGGGCUUGUAAUGUUAAUUUUCCAUAUCGUUCUCCACCAUUUAAGGGCAUUAAAUCA